UAACCAGGGAAGGAGUGGCAAGAUGGCUUCCUUGGAUCGGGUGAAGGUGCUGGUGUUGGGGGACUCAGGUGUUGGGAAAUCUUCACUAGUUCAUCUCUUAUGCCAAAAUCAAGUGCUGGGAAAUCCAUCAUGGACUGUGGGCUGCUCAGUGGAUGUCAGAGUUCAUGACUACAAAGAAGGAACACCAGAAGAGAAGACUUACUACAUAGAAUUAUGGGAUGUUGGAGGCUCUGUGGGCAGUGCCAGCAGUGUGAAAAGCACAAGAGCAGUAUUCUACAAUUCUGUAAAUGGUAUUAUUUUAGUACAUGACUUAACAAAUAAGAAAUCAUCUCAAAACUUGUAUCGUUGGUCAUUGGAAGCACUCAACAGGGAUUUGGUACCCACUGGAGUCCUGGUAAUAAAUGGGGAUUAUGAUCAAGAACAGUUUGCUGGUAACCAAAUCCCACUGUUGGUAAUAGGCACUAAAUUGGAUCAGAUUCAUGAAACCAAGCGCCAUGAAGUUUUAACCAGAAUUGCUUUCCUGGCUGAGGAUUUCAAUGCAGAAGAGAUUAAUUUGGAUUGCACAAAUCCACGGUACUUAGCUGCAGGUUCUUCCAAUGCUGUCAAGCUCAGUAGGUUUUUUGAUAAGGUCAUAGAGAAGAGAUACUUUUUAAAAGAAGGCAAUCAGAUUCCAGGCUUUCCUGAUCGAAAAAGGUUUUGGGGAGGAACAUUUAAGAGUCUUCAUUACGACUGAAUUAUACUCAUCCUUUGGAAGAGUGAGCAAGCAGUGGUGAAUUUUCACAGCUUUUCUCUUGCUGUGUCAAUUAUUAACAUCUCAGUCUUCCAACGAAAUCUUCUUAAAAUGCUACCCUUCAACCUCAUGCUGUAAUGGAAAAAAUGAAAGGAAGUGACCAUGGGGGAGGUCCAAAAUUUGUCCCCAUUCUCUCUGUUCCUCGCCCUUCAGUCCCUGCCAGUGGAUUAUGUAAAAGCCUGUGGAAAUAUGAGAUGUUGUCAAAAUGGUGCAGUAAAUGAGCAAUGACAGAGUGCUGCAGAGAAAAUUUACUCUUGCUGGGAACUGGAGAAUUUUUAUGGGUCUGUAAUUUUCCCACACUCAUUGCUGAAAGCUUAAUUAAGUACUUCAGAAAUGUAUCUCUUUUGUUUUACCUUCUUGAGGGGAAAGGUUAUGUUAACCAGUCUUGAGUUGUCCACCCCAAAGAGUCUCUUUGCAAUUCUUAAAGAAGCAAAAUGGUGUUAUUUAAUUGUCUCCACCCUCAUCACGCACAGGGAUGCCUAAUAAUAGCAAGCCUGGUCUGCCUCUCCUCUCCUUUGCAAAUGGCUCCGUGGCUGGAAGAGGCGGACUAAUAGCUGGAGUUAAAUAUAUAUACAGAUGAAUAAUACAUAGAGAACAGCAGUACCAGACAAGAAGAAGAGCCUGUGAAAAAUUGACAGCUCCCUAAGUCCUUCAUUCUAGGAUACAGUUGUCUGCACUGCAUUCACUUUACUGUUUUCUGUUUUUUAAGUCUUAAGACUUGUUCAAGGGCAAUCAGAGAUUUGCAGCUUUUUCCUUUUUAUUUUUCUGAAGGAAAAAUGAAAUCCUGGAACAGUAACCUAAGAAUAUUAUUCUUUGUCAACAAUGUAGUCAUGGAGAGAAGUAAAAAUAAGUUCCAUAGCAACACAUUUCUAUGAAUUAU